ACGACGUUUUCUUUAAGACAUGUUUAAUAAGUGAGGAAAGUGAAAAUGAGUGAGAAAACGUGAAAGAAUUGAAGUUUACGUUCGGGAUACUUACAGUUUGCUAACCUACAAAGUUCGCUUACAUAAUUUGCGUUCAAUUCUUUGCACGAUAUACUAAAUUACGUUGUUUUCAUAAUUAAAUACGUUUUUUUGCAAUGAGGUGAAGAUCUGAGGAAAGAUGGGAGGCCACGGUCACGGUCACGAGCCACCAUACACAGUGCCAAAGCCUGACAUAUACAAAGUAGAAGAAGUCCCAGAGCUCAUGAAGCUCCGAGAGGAAUUAGCCGAGAAAGGAUUAAAGGAUCCUUGGUUAAGAAACGAAGUAUGGCGUUAUAAAGCAUUUCCUGGUACUAAUGUGUCGCGAGCGGUCAGAGGAUUAACUCGUGGGUUCCUAGUUGGAAUUCCUGCAUUCUUAAUAACAAUUGGUGUAGAGCAAGCCUUUGGAAUUAGUUACGCGCCUUCUCAUGAUGAGGACGAAGCUCAUGGAGAGCAUCACUAAUUCUGUUUAAGGAUUUAAUACACGUUUAGAAAGAGUAAACUGUAAAGGUGAUUCUGUAAAUAAAUUAUAAUGGAAAACGAAAA